CGGUGCGGAGCGGAAGCAGCGGCAAGUGGAGAAAUUGGACCGGCGGGCGGAUGCUGGCGGUGCGGCACGUCGUGUGCGCCCUGUCCGGCGGGGUGGACAGCGCCGUAGCCGCGCUGCUGCUGAAGCGGAGAGGUUACCAAGUGACAGGGGUAUUUAUGAAGAACUGGGACUCUCUGGAUGAACAUGGAGUUUGCACUGCUGACAGAGACUGUGAAGAUGCUUACAAAGUUUGCCAAAUCUUAGACAUCCCUUUUCAUCAAGUGUCCUAUGUGAAGGAGUAUUGGAAUGAUGUCUUCAGUGAUUUUUUAAAUGAGUAUGAAAAAGGAAGGACUCCUAAUCCCGACAUAGUCUGCAAUAAGCAUAUCAAAUUCAGUUGCUUUUUUCGUUAUGCUGUGGAUAAUCUUGGAGCAGAUGCCAUUGCCACAGGUCACUAUGCAAGAACCUCGCUGGAAGAUGAAGAGGUCUUUCAGCAGAAGCACAUUAAGAGGCCAGAAGGGCUUUUCAGAAAUCGGUUUGAAGUCAGACAUGCGGUAAAACUUCUCCAAGCAGCUGACAGCUUUAAAGACCAGACCUUCUUUCUCAGCCAGGUUUCCCAGGAUGCCCUGAGAAGAACCAUCUUCCCUCUGGGGGGAUUAACGAAAGAUUUUGUAAAGAAAAUAGCUGCUGAAAAUAGACUUCAUCAUGUGCUUCAGAAAAAGGAGAGCAUGGGCAUCUGUUUUGUUGGUAAAAGAAAGUUUGAACGUUUCAUUCUUCAGUAUUUACCUCCUCGCCCUGGCAAGUUCAUUUCUAUAGAAGACAAUACCGUCCUGGGAACGCAUAAAGGUUGGUUCCUGUAUACGCUGGGCCAGAAGGCUAAGAUCAGCGGCUUGAAUGAGCCCUGGUACGUGGUGGAGAAGGAUGGUGCCAAGGGUGACGUGUUCGUGGCUCCCCGGACAGACCACCCGGCCCUAUACAGGGACUUGCUUCGCACCAGCCGUGUGCAUUGGAUCGCAGAGGAGCCGCCUGCCCAGCUGGUGAGGGACAAGAUGAUGGAGUGCCAGUUCCGAUUCCGCCACCAGAUGGCACUAGUGCCCUGUGUGCUGACCCUCAAUCAGGACGGCACCGUGUGGGUGACAGCUGUGAAGGCUGUGCGGGCGCUCGCCCUGGGACAGUUUGCCGUGUUCUACCGAGGGGAUGAGUGCCUGGGCAGCGGGAAGAUCCUGCGGUUGGGACCGUCUGCCUACACGCUCCAGAAGGGCCAGAGCAAAGCCAGAGUGGCCACCAAGGGCCCAGGCGAUGACCCAGACCUGUGUCCCUCUCCCUGAAGGAGGCUGAGCUGCUGGGAGGAGUUCCGGGAGAACAGAGCUGAGGGCGGCGGCCAGUGGGCAGUCCAGGUGAUCGAAGGCCUUGCUUGCUGCUGUUGAGCCAGGAAAGGCCUGGCUGGAUCUCCCAUCCCAGGCCAGGCUGGUCAAGAGCUGUGAGAGCCCCAGGGAGGGCCCGUCUUCUCCAGGUUGGAGCUCUGGCCACAAGCAUUUGUUGGCUGGUGGGCCUGAGGGUCCUAUUUAUAGAGUGCUUCUGCACUGCCCUGGAAGCAUUUCCCACCAAGGGGACCUUCAAGGGGCCGUGCAGGCUACAGGGAUAAGAUAGUGCUGAAUAAAAAGUCUGUGGGGGACAUGGAGUCUAAAUACUGCCCAUAGUGGGGCCCAGGAGAGCCCAGCUAGGCUGAGUUGGGAGCUCCAUGCCACUGACCUUUCUGCAGUGUGGACAGGCAGGGGGCCCACAGCACCUAUCAUUCACUGGACCAGGGUCCCCAGUGCUCUGCCUGAGGGCUGGGGCCUCCAGGACAUUGACCUCAGAGUAUCUGCACUGGGCAACGUGGACCCAUGUUCUUGGCUCCCUUUCUGUGGGCACUUUGGGU